CAUUCCAAUGGAUGCUACUUCUCGAUACAUUGUUGCAUUCAGACACAAAGUGGAGCUAAUGAGGGAAUUCAAUCAGAAGGUGAAAAGAGACAUAACAUUGACUGGACAGACUAGAACUAGAAGGUUAUAUUUUUUCUUGAAAGUUACAGUUCCUGACUCUUUACGUCCACGCAUUUAGGCUGUUGAGUCUGUGGUCGACUUUUUGCCACUGAUCAAGUCACGGUGACAUGUUUCAACGAGAAACGGACGGUGUGAAAGAAUAGAAAGAGAAGGAGAGAGGGAGUGAAGAGAAGAGGGGCGGAUCGUUCAGACCAGGACUGGAGGAAGUUGUUUUGUGAGUCAUCGCUGUGAAACUCACAUUAUUACUAUUGGAACAGAGCAGAGCAAAGCAUCAAUCUACCUGACUGGAGCCUCGGCGACAACGCACUCUAACAUGGUGAUCAAGGUCUAUAUAGCAACCUCUUCCGGUUCCACCUCGAUAAAGAAACAGCAGCAGGAUGUGAUGGGCUUCCUGUCAGCCAAUAAGAUUGAGUUUGAGGAGUGUGACAUCGCUGCCAAUGAGGACAACAGGAAGUGGAUGAGAGAGAAUGUUCCGGAGGAGGCUCGACCCGCUGCAGGGAACCCUCUACCUCCACAGAUCUUCAACCAGGACAGAUACUGCGGGAACUACGAGGCGUUCUUUGAUGCCAGAGAAGACAAUAUUGUCUACGCUUUCCUGGGUCUCACCGCUCCCCCUGGAUCUAAGGAGGCUGAGGCCCUAGCCAAGAGAGAGCAGCAAUAGUUCCACAGUGCUCCUUCCUCCAACCACAGACCAGACCAGACCAUGACCAAGCCAGAGCCUGCUGGGCAGACCAUACCAUAUCAUUCUCACUUUGUUGGAGGUCAGGGGGUUCUUUCCAGAUGUUUAGUUUAGUUUUGUUGUUGUUGUGUCUCAUGCUUCAGCUGUGCCUUUAUCAGCUGGGUGUGAAGAGGUACUGAAGCAGAGCAUGCUGGGUACCCAUGAGUCCCUCCGCUGGCCUUAAAACCUGUUGUCUGAAUGUCUCCACACCUGAUCUUAUGAUGUCCCAGUCAGUCUGAAUGCAUGUCCUCUAGAAGACAGGAUGUACUAUCAGAGUAGCACUUCUCUAUAAUGUUAAACACAACAAUGUUUCCUUCCUCCUCUCUCCAAAUGUCCCAGCUGUCCUCCUGUCUACUUCUUCCUCUCCCUCCACUAUUCUCAGCAAUCUCACCAUCUUCUGUUCUACAGAGAACACGGCGCCUAGAUGCUAGUUGUUUUAUGCCUGAGGCCCUGUGACUUAAUGUUUGAUCUGCUUGUUUUGAUAGAGAUGAAAUGUGAUAAAGAUAACAUGAAGUAAUACAAAUAUAACAUGCCAAAAUAUACAUCUGUAACGGAAGCAGAGAGGUGAUGUAUUAUUGUAAACAUGUCUGUAUACCGCUAACUACUCUAUUCAGAUUCACACAUAUACUGGUCAGAAUGUUUGUUCAGCUUGGUGCCAUAGUAUAAUAUGAUCCAUAUAAUCUCUCCUCUCUUCUCUGCCUCACCAUAAUAGUCUUAUUUUUAUGUACAAUAAAGAUCUGAGAGUUGUUUUA